GUACCGGUAUGCCACGUUGACUUGAUCGUACAGCGACAAAGAUACCAAAAUGGCGCAGGCGAAAGAUGUUGUUCUUGUCACUUUCUUAGUUUCUAUUCUAUGUUCACACGUUAACACCUUGUCAUUUACAUUAUCUGCAAGGUCGAAGAAAUGCCUAAGAGAGGAAGUUCAUAAGGACGUCUUAGUUACUGGCGAAUAUCGUUUGUCAGAGGCUCCUAUUAAGACACAUUUAACUGUUAUUGACACAAAUGGUCAUGUAUUGUACAAAAAGGAUGACGCUCAGAAAGGAAAGUUUGCGUUUACAACUGAUGAUUAUGACAUGUUUGAAGUGUGUUUUCAUAGUGAAGGUUCUCAUGGGCAAGGAAUAGAUCGAGAAAUAUUUUUAGAAGUUAAGACUGGUGUCGAAGCUAAAAAUUAUGACGAUAUACAAAAAACUGAAAAGUUAAAACCUAUGGAACUCGAAUUAAAGAAAUUAGAAGACUUAUCGGAAGCUAUUGUGAACGACUUUGCUUACAUGAGAGCAAGAGAAGAACAAAUGCGCGACACUAAUGAAUCUACAAGCGAUCGUGUACUAUACUUCAGCGUAUUUUCAAUGUUGUGCUUAAUCGGAUUGGCCAUGUGGCAAAUAUUUUACUUGAGACGAUUUUUCAUUGCCAAAAAGUUGAUCGAAAAUUAAACCUUCUACAUACUGCAACAAAAAAUAUUAAAGCUACAGCUGCUUUGUUAUCCUGAAAUGGUUGUUAAAUUCCGUUGAAUAAAUUGUGUAUGGCUGGGUGAAAAAGAAUAUAAAAUUUUACGAAAGAACUGUUGUUAAGUAGCAAUAGAUGGGUUUCGAAUUUCUAUGGUGUUAUAACUAAUUAGAUGAUUUUUGCACGUGUUUUUCUACGUUGUCUGUUGAAAUGAAAAAUUGAGACUGUGAACCUA